ACUGAAGGGAAAGUAAGCGCCUGGAGAAGAAGUAAGCAGUGAGAUGGCCGUCAGUAAACACAUCGUAUCCCUGAAUGAGGAUUUGACCUGCUCCAUCUGCCAGGCUCUGUUUGUGGAGCCGGUGCGAUUGCAGUGUGAGCACAAUUUCUGUAAAUCCUGCAUUCAAAAAUGCUGGGGGAAGCAGCGCCAGGCGGUGUCCUGCCCGCAAUGUCAGCUCGUUCUUCCCCGGAGAAGUUACACCAGUAACAGGGUGCUGGCCAGUCUCUGUGAGAAGACCCGGCGACUGGAUCUGAACCUGAAGCUGGAGGAGGAUCGCCCUGACUGUGAGGGACCUGGGGAGAGUGUGAAGCAGGUCUGUGAGGAACACGGAGAGAAGCUGAUCCUGUUCUGUGAAGAGGAUGAGGUUCUGAUCUGCGCCAGUUGUGUAGAUUCCCACCUCCAUUCAAAUCACAAGUUCUUGCCAGUACAGCAGGCGGUUCAAAAGUACAUGGACCAGCUGAAUGCAUCCUUGGAUUCCAUGGAGGAGGAAAAGAAAUGUAAGAGUGAAUUAAAACAACAGCAGGAAGGGAAGAUUUCAGAACUGGAUGAGCUCUCUGUGUCACUGGAAGAAGACAUCUCCACCCAGUUCGCUAAAAUCCGUCAAUAUCUUGAUGAGAAAGAGAAACAUUUAAAGGAAGGUCUGUCGAGACAAAAACAGGCGGAUCUGCGACUGAUGGAAGAAAAUCUGAAAGAAUUCAAAGUGGAAAUAACGUCACUUGACGAGAAGAUAGGGAACCUUCGUGCAGACAUCGAGCAGCAAGAUGGAAUCACUUUUCUCAAGGAACUACAAUGUUUGAGAGAAAGGUACCUGGACAAAGGGGAGGAAGGAGACGAUGGAGAACAUUCACAAAGCAGUGGAGAUGGAAAAAUACUGACAUUUUCAAGAAGGAAGUAUUUGGACUUCCAAGGCCCGUUACUCUACAUAACGUGGAAGCAAAUGAAACAGAUCAUCUCUCCAGUUCCAGCCUCACUGACCCUGGAUCCAAACACAGCACAUUGUGGACUCUUCCUGUCGCAAGAUCUGACCAGAGUGAGAGUCAGUGACAGCAAGUUACAGCGUCCUAACAAUCCACAGAGAUUUGACACAAUUCCAUGUGUCCUGGGAUCACAGGGGUUCACAUCAGGGAAACACUACUGGGAGGUGGGGGUGGGGGACAAGACUGUUUGGGCAUUGGGUGUGGCUGGAGAAUCAUCCAAUAGGAAAGGAAAGUUCUCCCUCAGACCAGAACAUAGUUACUGGACUGUGUGGCUUAAUGGUCAAGGAAAAUAUAUAGCUAUUGAUCGCAUGUUUGUCCACCUGACUCCGAGUGUGAAGCCUGGGACCAUUGGCGUUUACUUGGACUAUGAAGGAGGAAAGGUGAGCUUUUACAAUGCUGACAAUAUGUCCAUUCUCUACAUGUUCACUGACACAUUCACUGAGAAACUCUUUCCUUUCUUCUGUCCUGGAUUGCGUGAGGCUACAAAUUGUGCUCCUCUUGUACUGCAUCAUAUUGAACUGUAGAAGUAAAUUAUAGAUAGUCUCAGUGUGGGGAGAAUGUGACCACAGCUGGGUAAAUAUUCCACAUAUCACAAGUAACUAUUGAGGUUCAUCUAGAAACAGCACCAAGAAAAGGAACAAAAACCAAGAACAUUGGCUUUGCAGCCCUGGCACGUAUGAGGUCUAAAACAAGCAAAGAAAUCUUCCAUUAUCACCUCCGUCCAUCCCAUAUCUGCCGAAUCAGUAUUCUAGGCUGAAUAUUGCUUUGGUGGCAAGUGUACAGUAUACACUCUGGAUGAGGAACUUCAAUGCCAAUCACCUACAGCUCAGCAGCACCACUCUUCGCCUGUGCUGACUAUACCCUGAAGGACUAUUUGCACUUGCGGCUGUUGCAGAUGUACCUGUUCAUAAAAUAGUCAUACUGACGGCUGCACAGACCUAGUCUUUACAGUGAGAGUACUGCUCAUAGUUCUAUGGCACUACAGCUAAACAUUCAGAACAAAUCUGGAAGCUCAACAUUGUGGAUAGUUGAGGUGCUGCGGGCCAUCAACAUCUGCAAAAUCGUAUUUGACCCCAAUCUAUUACUUCAUGGGCAUAUGCUAGGAUAGGCUAAAGGCAUGUCGCAAAGUGAAGCUACAACAAUAAAAGAAGAAGUUGCCUGAAAAGCUCAACAGGUCUGGCAGCAUCUACAAAGAAAAAUCUGAGUUAACGUUUCGGUUCCAGUGACCCUUCAUCAGACCUAAAACAAUACUCAAUUUAUUGUUUUACAAUCAGACCGCUGUUUCAUUCUUUGGAAAUGUCAAACAAUUGGAGUAAUUAAUUAAUUACCCUGAUACAUUCUGAAUUGUAUUCCGUGCAGGACAUUAAUAAUAA